AUGUCAAAGUGUGAAAUCGGAGAGGCAAUUUUGGCGGCGCAGUUGUGGGCUCAAGAAUGCGACCGGCCUCAUGACAACCACCGUGGCUCUUUGAGAGCCGCGAUCGUGGUGCUUAUGAUACCAUUACUUAUCUUCAAUAAUUUGUGUGUGAAUGAUGGAAUGGGAUACCACUCAUACGAUAUCAAUUUCUCAUCCAUGUCGCAGGUCACUCGCCUGGCGAUCUGGUAUUACCUCACACGGAUAUUCUGGCUGGUCAUGAUCUAUUUCAUCAAGAUGUCGAUCCUUUUCCUCUACCUUCGAAUCUUCCCAGAGAUUCCACUCUUCCGAUAUUGUGUGAUAGGCACAAUGGUUUUCACAACGGUGGCUUUCAUCAUUCUUGUCCCUAUGACUAUCUGGCAAUGCGUACCGAUCCACGUAAUCUGGGAUUUGAAACGGGAGGAUGCGAGGUGCCUCAGCAUCUCAGGAGUAGCCUAUGCAAGUGCAGGAGUGAACAUUGCCACUGACAUCGCAGUUUUUAUCCUGCCACUACCAUUGCUUCGAACACUUCGCGCCCCGAUAGCGCAAAAGAUUGGAUUGUAUGGUCUUUUUGGAUGUGGUAUUUUUGUCAUAGGCGUCGCAUCUGCCCGAGUACCAACUCUCCGAAACGUCGAAGCAAUUCGUGAUCCGACCUACUCGAAUGCUGGUACGAUCUACUGGACCUGCGCAGAAACCGCCGUGGCACAUCUAUGCGCGGGCGCGCCGGCUAUACGACCGUUAUAUGUGAAAUUACGAGAUAUUGUUCGCCGCAAAUGGAAGGAGAAAUCUGACUUGUCCUAG